ACCCUCCUGCGAGGCCUGAACAAGUUCAUAUUCAAGUUUUGAACACCAGUGCUGUAAAUGUGAGCUGGACUUCACCAGUAAAUGACACGUCUAUCAUUGGUUACACUGUUCACAUCCAAUUUGAUGAUGAUAUUCUAACUCAGAACUCCACAACAGAGUCACUCGUCAUAUCUAACUUAGAGAAGCGGAAGAAUUACACCAUCGCUGUCACUGCAUUCAGCCAGUACAGGACUAGUCAGGAGAGUGAACCAGCUUAUGUAGAAUUACCAGAAAGAAAAAGAGAGGAAAUAGAUGAAUCACACACAGGUAAGGCAAUGUCAACCUCUCAGACAAACUUCCUAUCAGGAUUAAGACAUAACAAAGAGCGCUGUAGUAAUUGGAUUGAUAGACUGUACAUCUUUUUUAUUGUUUCAGACUUCCUACUUCCAGUGAUAGUCACAGCUGCAGUCGUUUUGUUUAUCACCUUAGUUAUAUGCAUACUGGUAAUUUGUUUGCUAUGGAAAAGGAGGAAAAAGUCUCAGAGAGAAGGGAGAGAAGGAUCAGUUUCAAACGAAGAAACCAGAGCUCAAGAGAUGGCAGUUCUUAAAAAAUAUAAUAAUAAUACUGUGGUUAAAGUUGAAAAUCCUGCCCCCGAUCCUUCCAUGACAGACAGGUUACUGGUCAAUUUUCAGCUGCACAGCACUCCAUUAACUCAAGCCAGUGACUCUGAGGAAAUCCAAUCUCUUACUCCCUCUCUGGACAUACAGUCCUUUAAUUCUCCCGAAGACAGUUUAGGACUCAGUGAUGAACCAGAACUAAACCUUUCUUCUCUCAAUCCUCUAGAGGAAUCAUCCAGCGUUGAAAACAUUUCACAGUUUCCUAGUUCAAAUGAUGGACUUUCUUCUGUACUUGAACAAAUUGAUAAAGUUGAACCAGUGAAAAGAUCUCAAAAUGGGCAACAAAAGAGAGUGCCUGGAUCUGACUCUGGUCGGGGGUCUGUCGCAGGGACAAGUUCUACCACAUCAGAUCCUGCUGACUUAAAGCUGAGUUUUUCUCAGGGCAGUGAUAAGUCACCUCAUGUACCAAGUUACAACCAUCAGUUUUCUGCAGACUCUGGCAGAGAAUCAGAAACAGACACUGGCGCUGAGCACUCUGUUAAGGGAAGGCCUCAGCCAGACAGAGGAGCAAAGGCUGCAGGAAUGAUUGAUGAUGUAAUAGAGGACACUCUUACUACAGUGGCUGUAGAGAAGCAAUAUGGCUUACAGGCUCAGCCUUGUUGUCUCACACACAUUUCUGAAGGGAGUAACGAAGAUGAUAUCUCGAUAAAACCCAAUCCUGAGGAAUGUUCCAUCACCAUUGCAGCAUUUAUUGACAGCCCUGACAGCUACCAUAAUCUAGAACACUUAAGUGACUUACUGGAUCCUGACGAUCACUAUACCCCAAUGAAAAGCUGGAAGGGUUUUGCCAAAGAUGCAUUAGAAUUGGAAAACUACAAGAUUAUUGCCAUUGCUGCAAGGUGCAAAGGAGGCAGUCCAUUUCGGACGGAAGUUCUGGACAUCAUGAAAGCCAAAGGAAUCAAGAUUGGACAUUUAGUAUCUUAUUUUUCAAGGACUGAGCAUUUACGCACAGAUGUGUUGAAAACAAUCACUAAAUUCCACACAGGAUGUAAAUUCUGUGAUAGUUUAUUAACACAGCCCUAUGUGUCUGAUUUCAAAGAAAAUGAAAUAGCUAGAUGAGACAGCAUUAGUUUGUGAGUUACAUGUGUUAACCAUGUUG